UCGAAGUUCACUACACACGACCUUCAGCCGGCACUCCUGAGAAUGUUGUUCAGACAUGAAUAAAAAAAUCUGUUGGUAAUUUAUUAUCCUAAUUGUACAUUUAAAUUCUCCAAUUUAAAAAAAUAUUUUUUGAAAUAAUAAUCAUCUUUAUUGUCAUUGCAACAUGUAUUCCAAUAAAAUGUGUCCUCAGUAGGGCUGCAACAACGAAUCGAUAAAAUCGAUAAAUUCGAUUAUUAAAAAAGUUGGCAACGAAUUUCAUUAUCGAUUCGUUGUGUCGCGCGACUAUUUUUUUUUUUCUUUUCUUUUUCCCCCCGACUAUUACGUCACAUGUUGAGCGCGCGCAGCUGAGCCGAGAGAAAAAGUUGUGCGCGCCGCGCAGCAGAGCUGAUGAGAAAGAAAAUAAAAGAACAGAGCGGAGUUAACGUUAGAGGAAAGACCAUCAGAGAGACCCGUAACAGUGUUCUGAAACAUGGCGGAGGCAGAGAAAUCAGUACGACCUAAAUCAUCCAAGGUGUGGGAAUAUUUCACACUAAAUAAAUCCAAAAAGUGUGUUAAUUGCACGAUAUGCAAAAGCGACAUGGCCUGGCACGGGAGCACCACGGUGAUGAUGCAGCACCUAAAACGAAAACAUGUUGGAGUUCUUGAUGAGGAAGGGAGUUCAACAGCAGGAAAAAAACAGCAAACCAUGAGAGGCUUCUUGAUGGGAAAUGCUUCAUGUACACCACAGCAAGCUGCUGUCUUGACAGAUAGUAUCCUCAACAUGCUUGUCACUGACAUGAGGCCGCUGUCGAUGGUUGAAGAUGAGGGCUUCACUAAAAUGAUCCACACCUUGAACCCUGGUUACACUCUGCCCUCCAGGACCCACUUUACAAAGCUCAUGGAGAGAAAAUAUGAAGAAACAUUCAAGAAAGUGAAGACUGCAAUAAACACCAACAACAGCAAACUUGCUCUCACCACUGAUAUUUGGACAAGUGUAGCAACUGAAGCCUACCUUGGUGUCACAUGCCACUACAUCACAGAUGACUGGGACAUGCAGUCAAUCUCCCUCACCACCAUGCCACUGCAGGACAGACAUACUGCAUCUAACAUUGCAGAGUGGUUGGAGCAGGUAGUAGACAGAUUUGAAAUUCCUCCAAGCAAAAUCAUUGCCAUAGUCCAUGACAAUGGUGCUAACAUUGUUGCUGCGGCAAAUAUCCUGGAGGAGAAGCAUGGGUGGUCCUCUGUCCGUUGCACUGGCCAUACUUUGCAACUUGUGAUCAACGCUGCGUUGAAGAAUCCAAGCAUUGAAAAAGCUGUUCGGGCUGCAAGAUAUCUGGUAGAACAUUUUAAGAAAAGUGACCUAGCCUGCAGUAAGCUCAGAGAGAAACAACAACAAAUGAACACACCUGAGCACAGCCUUGUCCAAGACGUAAGCACCAGGUGGAAUAGCACAUUCUACAUGAUAAGCCGACUGCUUGAGCAAAGGUGGCCUGUAACAGCAACACUGUCUGACAGCUCUGUCACACAGAGAGGCAAAAGGUACCUAGAUCUGAAACCAGACCAGUGGAGUCUGCUGGAAGAGCUUUCAACAGUCCUCAAGGCUUUUGAAUGUGCCACUGUGUUCAUGAGUGGACAGAAAUAUGCAACAAUAUCUACAAUACCUCCACUUGUGAAGGGGCUGUUGAAGUCCACCCAGAGUGCUGUCUACGAGUCAGCCCCGCUGCGGGCUUUUCAACUCACUGCUGUGCAGCAGUUGCAGGAGAGAUGGAAAAGGGAGACUACUUUCUCAGAUAGCGCACCAAACACAGUGAUUCUUGCGAUGGUCCUUGACCCAAGGUUUAGGAAACUGAACAAGUUUCUUUCACCUGAUGAAGUCCUACGUGUUCAAACUAAAGUGCAAACAAUGGUACUUGAAGAGAGGAGGAAGAUGGAUGUGCAGCAGCAUGGCAGUUGCAGUGUUACCUCCACCGAUACUACAGCUACUGAAUCAACGCCUCAAGCCACUCUACUUGAAUCACUCCUUGGUUCUGAUGGUGAAGAAGAUGAUAGAGCAGGCCAAGCUGAGGAUGUCCACACUCAAGUGAGGAAAGAAGUUCUUACAUACCUUGAAGAAAAAAGCCUUGCCAAGGAAGAAAACCCAUUACUGUGGUGGAAGGCUAACAAUGACAGAUAUCCCAUGUUGGCCAGGCUAGCCAAGUCUUAUCUAUGCAUCCCUGCCACCUCAACACCAUCUGAACGGCUGUUUUCUGCAGCAGGAAACAUAGCCUCCAAGAAAAGAGCCAGCCUGAGCCAGGAGCAUGUGGACAUGCUAACAUUUUUGCAUUGCAAUGCAAAAUGUCUGAACAAAGAGAGUGAGAGAGAGUGAGUGUGUGUGUGUGUGUGAGAGAGAGAGAGAGUUUGUGAGUCUGAGUGUAGUAGUGUAGCAGAUAAGUUCAGACGUUCAAACAAAUGCGGUUAUGUUUUCAGAUUUGUACUUUUUUUUAUUUGUUAUAAAUUAUUUAUUGUUCCUAAGACAGCUCAAGUGCCUUUAAACAAAAAUCUAAAUCUUUUUGUGCACUUUAAAAAAGCCUAUAUAUUUAAUUUGGCAGAUGUAAAGUAUACCUGAGAUGUGUAUAUGUUUUUUUGUGUUAGUCCAUUUUUUUUUUUUUUUUUUUACUUUAACAGCUCAGGGAUGUUCAAGGAGCAAUCUGUUUGUGCACUUUCUAAAUAUGUUUUGCACUGUCAGUUAUAUUUUUCAAUAAAGGGUUGAAAAUUAA